UAUAGCUUAGAUCUAGAUCAAACAUGCAUGCUAUUUUUCUACACUUAUUUGUGGUUAUUUUCUCAUUGAUUUGCAUGUGUUUCCUUAACAAUUAUAUAUUUUAUAAAAAUGAUGGUGAUAAAAAAGAUUUAUCAGGAACAAAGUGUGGUUACGAGGAAGUUAUUUUAGAAAAUUUACUGGAUUAUAAUAAAGAUGUUCAUCAGAUGAAGAACGAAAUUAUCAGCUUACAGAAUCAAUUGACAGAAAUAAAACAACACCAAACACUGACAGAAACGGUAACAAUUCCAACGAUAGCGUUCUCAGCAAAAGACUCAUUAAGCUUGUCCCCACUUGUAGGACAGAAGUUUAUAUUCAAAACAGUCUUGUUUAAUUAUGGAAACGGCUACGACAACAAUGAAGGUAUAUUCACCGUACCGACUUCUGGCACCUAUUUUUUCACAGCCCAAUUCUGUGUAAACGGGAACCAUGCUUUACAUGUUGAAUUAGUUUCAAACGGCGAAGUGUUGAAAAGAAUAUUUUGGUCAGAUACUUCAACACAGUGUUAUUCAAUGAAUGCUAUUGCGGUUUUGAAUGCAGGUGCUAGGGUGUGGACGACACUACUUCAUUCUGCUACUUCCCUAUAUGAUAGUGCAUUCUGGUGGAAUUCGUUCAGUGGAACAAUAGUUCAUCUAUGACGACAUUAAAUAUAGUAUUUUAAAUUUCAUUGUAAUGAAUUGUAUACAGUUUUGUUCUUGUCGACUAGGUAAAAACCAUAUUUUCUCUUAUGACACCAGUACUGGUUAGCUCGCGAGUAGUUUUGUUAAUUAAUGUAUAAGUCUUCUAUUUGUAAGUGUAGACAUUUGUUAACAAAAUCUAAGUUACAUUUAAUUUAGUUUUUAAAA